AUGUCGAAUGCUACCAAACAAACAUGGCUUAUCACCGGCGGUUCCUCCGGACUCGGUAAAUCCCUCGCGAUAGAAGCUUUGGAAAAAGGACACACAGUCCUCGGCACUACCCGAGAAAUACAAAACGCGCAAGAGACAUUCCCUGAAUUCGAAGAGAAUGGUGGUAUAUGGUUUGCUUUGGACCCGGGCAGUGUCAAUGCAUACGACCAAGCAGUGAAGAUAUCAGAAGCCCACGAAAUCGACGUCGUGGUAAAUAAUGCAGGUUAUGCUUUUAUUGGGAGUGUGGAGGAUACGAGAUUCAUCGCAAGACCCGCUCGUGGCACGUAUUCCGCAAGCAAGUUCGCGAUCGAAGCUAUUCACGAGUCCCUUUCCCAUGAAGUCCAAAGCUUCGGCAUUCGAGUGCUGAUUGUGGAACCGGGAGCUUUCCGCACGCCGUUUGCUAGUCGGAUCAUUACUCCUGCUCAGUACCAGGGCAAUGGGGGUUUCAGUCUCGGAUAUCGAGGGACCGCCGUAGAGCAGAUGGUUCGUGGGAUGAGUAACAGUACUGAGUUUCUGAGUUUAGUGAAAGGAGAUCCCCAGAAAGCUGCAAGAGUAAUAUUGAAGGCUGUUGAGGAGGGACACGAGUAUCUCCGCUUGCCUCUGGGAACUGACUGUGUGGUGGCAUUGGAAAGCAAGAUUGGGAGUCUUCAGAGAGAUUUGGAUUUGACGAGGGAGAUGGCAAGUUCUACUGAUGUUGAGUAA